CCCAUGUCAGACCUAGCACAAACAUUAGGUGUGGCCAAAUCAACUAUUUGGUACAUUCUUAAGAAGAAAGAACACACUGGUGAGCUCUGGAAUACUAAAAGCCCCAGAAUACCACUGAAUCGUUCAUUAUUUAAUUUCACUUCCUAUAUACUAUGGUAGACAGCUAAAAAGUUAGUUUUUUUGCACUGCUAUACAGGACAGAUAAGGACCUUUUUCUUAUUUAUAGAAACAAGAUAAACUGGUCAUAAAGAUCAAAAAGGCAAUGUAAACAUUAUCACUUUCAGCAACACCAAGCGUGAUUAUUAAAGUCAUGUAGCUAAAUGUUGCUUUUUUAGUUCUAACUGUAAAAUGCAGUCAAAUAUGAGAAGAAAAGUAACAUUACAUUUUAUUUUAUUAGUACCUGGACAUAUUUGUAGAGUUGUUAGUCAACAGUAUCAUGAUGUUUCUGAAAAGGUUUCAAGAGAAUUAUUUUGGCUAAAAAUGAAAAUUCCACAAUUUUCUUUUUACUGCAAAGCAUGUUUGGUGUCUGAAAUUUGCUUCUUUAUUUUGUAAUGUAGCUAUGAGGCUAAUAUUGCUUACAAGUAUGGGUAGUUUAUAUCUACCGGUUUAGCAUAAUACACACUGCAUUUCUAAAUCAUUAUCAUACACCUCAAUGAUUAAGCAUGAAUAAGUAAUCAUAAAUAGUGUGGUUUCUGAUAUUGUAGUGAAUUGUGAGUUGUGGCCUAAGGAUGAAAAGCUGAGUACUAUGUUAGAAGGAAUUUAAAUGAUGAACUAGUUUUGUUUUUAUUUUAUAUUUAUGCCUUAAACUGACUUAUUCUGCCUUUCUCUAAGUUUAAAGAUAUCUCGGAUAUGGUAUAAUUAGGUGUUACUUGUUAGCACCCCUACUAGAAACUUUGAGAACUCCAGACUACAGUGGAAGACUUUGCACACCAAAUAUUUGGAUGGUUCUUGUAUGAUUGUACAUUUUCUUGUCUAAACCGUUUCUUUAAGGUUCGUUCAGUGUAACGUGUGGUCCUGCUCCAGACGGUGUCACUGUUACACAAAGAUUGGGAAAGUGAAAGGUGCUUUUACUGCGCAUGUCUUGUCUCUUAACGAUUCUCAUAGAAGAGGAGAAAAACACAGCGUCGAAGAUACCUUGUUAAAUCAAGAGGACACUUUAUAUACUCUGAGAAUGUAUAACAGUGGAUACAUUUGAUUACUUGGGACAAGCAGGAUAUAUUUAACAUGAACUCGGAUUUAAAGGAAUUUUUCACAAUGACUGUCGGAGGACAAAGGAGCAAAUGGUGGAUGGUUUUGUGCUUCUCUUUGCUGAUUUACUUAGACGUGCUCGUUUAUGCUCAGAUUAAGUAUUCUAUUCCAGAAGAGAGGAAAGAAGGAUACGUUGUGGGACAUAUUGCUAAGGAUUUAGGGCUUGAUGUCAGUACUCUAGCGAAUAGAGGAUUUCGAAUUGUUUCUGGAUCUAAGGAUGUUCUUUUCGAGGUAAAUCAGAACAAUGGCCUCUUAUACGUGCAUAAGAGAAUCGACAGAGAGGAAAUAUGUGACGGAAGUACGACUUGCCUCAUAAACCUUAAAAUAGCUAUCGAUGAUCCUCUAGAGGUCCACUAUGUAGGGAUAGAAAUCACGGAUAUAAAUGAUAAUUCGCCGAAUUUUCCAGAGAAAGAGAAAAGACUUGAAAUAGCAGAAAACAGGCUUACAGGAGCCCGUUUCCAGCUGCAGGCUGCGCGGGACCCUGAUGUAGGUACAAACUCAGUCAGAUCAUAUAAGAUAAGUCAAAACGAGCAUUUUGAUUUACAAGUCAGAGAAAGGGGAGAAGAACAAAUUCCUUAUUUGGUUUUACAAAAACAACUGGACCGAGAGAAAAAAGGUGAACAUAAUAUAAUUCUCACUGCAACUGAUGGUGGGACUCCGCCAAAAUCAGCAGCUCUUAAUGUUACUGUAAUAGUUCUUGAUUCAAAUGAUAACCCUCCGGUUUUCAGUCAAGAAACUUAUUCCGUAGCCUUACCAGAAAACAUGCAACCCGGGGUACUUAUUUUGAAAGUCUCCUCCACAGAUUUAGACGAAGGUUCUAAUGGCAAUAUAACGUAUUCGUUUGGAAGUGAGGUGAACGCUGAGGUUCGCGAUAUAUUCACUUUAGACAGCAAAACAGGAGAAAUUCGAACGAAAGGCUUUCUUGAUUUUGAAGACACUGAUAUCUACAAACUGGAUGUACAAGCAACAGAUAAAGGUCAACCACCAUUAACAAGUGAAAGUGGGGUAAUCAUAAAAAUAUUGGAUGUUAAUGACAAUGCACCAGAAAUAGAGAUAACAUCGCUCUCUAACGUGAUUUCUGAAGAUGCACAACCUGGGACUGUCAUCUCUUUGAUUAGUCUUACAGAUAAGGAUUCAGGAGUAAAUGGAAAUGUUGUGUGUCGCCUUAACGAAAAUGUACCCUUUGAGUUGAAACCGUCAGUGCAAUAUAACAUGUAUUCUUUAGUGACCAGAAGUUAUUUGGAUAGAGAGUUUGUCUCACAAUAUGAGAUAAUGAUUAACGCGACAGACCUGGGCCAGCCCUCACUUUCCUCCUUAAAAUCGUUUAGCAUAACAGUGUCGGAUGUCAAUGACAACAGACCAGAGUUCUUAUUUAACCCCCUAGAUGUGUAUCUUUUCGAAAAUAACUUGCCUGGAGCAUCCAUAUUUUCUGUUUCGGCGCUUGAUAAAGACAUUAAUGAAAAUUCUGCAAUCUCAUACCACAUUAUUAGAGGAAGUCAGUCAAAAAAUGCAAUGACAUCAUUCCUAAAUAUUAACUCUGAAACAGGAGUUAUUCACGCGCUAAAGAGUUUUGAUUUUGAAACAACCAAAACGUUCCAGUUCCACGUGCUCGCUACAGAUUCUGGAAGUCCGUCUCUAAGCAGCAACGUGACAGUGAACGUGUUCAUUCUGGAUCAGAACGACAAUGUUCCAGUGAUCUUAUAUCCAGUCAGCGCUAACGGUUCUGCUGAAGGUGUGGAGGAGAUUCCCCGCAAUGUCAACGCAGGACAUUUGGUGACUAAAGUGAGAGCCUAUGACGCGGAUAUAGGAUACAACGGCUGGUUAUUAUUUUCAGUGCAGGAAGUGAGUGACCACAGUCUGUUUGGUUUGGACCGCUAUACAGGACAGAUAAGGACCCUUCGCUCCUUCACAGAAACAGAUGAGGCUGAACAUAAACUGGUCAUACUGGUCAAAGAUAAUGGAAACGUUUCGCUUUCAGCAACAGCGACUGUGAUCAUUAAACUUGUUGAACCCAAAGAGGCUUUUGCAACUUCUGAUGUUAAAAAUGCAGUAAAAGAAGCGGAAGAAAAUAACGUCACAUUUUAUUUGAUCAUUACCUUGGGUUCGGUUUCAUUUCUUUUUAUCAUCAGUAUCAUUGUGCUGAUUGUAAUGCAGUGCUCCAAAUCUCCAGACUUUUCCUCCAAGUAUUUACAAGAUACAAAUUACGACGGGACUCUGUGUCACAGCAUCCAGUACAGAUCCGGAGAUAAACGCUACAUGUUAGUUGGACCCAGAACGAGUAUCGGUUCUACUCUAGUUUCAGGCAGUAAUGGGAAUACUCUAGUGAUACAAGAUCGCAGGAGGAGAACUUCUGGUGAGGUAAGAAGCCCAUAUGUACACUAUCCCUUAUAUAUAAAUACAUAGUUUUGCAAGCGGUGCUCACCAAAUUCACAGGAUCGCAGGUAAUUUUUUUUCUCUUAUCCGUGUGGCGGUCUGGAAAAACCAAAAUAGUUUUUUUUUCCUGCUCCCAGUAUACACUGAUAUCUCUAAUUUUAGAAAACAUAAAUAUAGCCUGUUUUAUCAUGUAAUGAGAGGGAUUGCCGUGGAUGACGCCGAUGAUCAAAAUGAUUAAUCAUCAAUCCCCAAACCAGUAAUCUUUAAUUCUUCCAUAAUUUUGUGGGGUGUUUUUUUUUUCCCAUAAUAAAUUAGGUUAAAUACGUAGAGGUAGGUGGGACUUAUUGCUUGUCUGCUCAGAAUAAUACUUAAACAGGUUAAGUUAAUUGAAUAGAGAUAUAUUGAGAUGACAAAUUAGUUAUGGAGAGUUUAUGAUGUACAUAUAACACAUUUUAACAACCUAAAUGAUAUUUUCUUAUAUAACUUACAGGAUACUGUAUGCUGUUAUUAAUAGACAUGGAAUGAAUACUGGAUGGACUUCUUAAGUCCAUCUAACAGUUUGUAGGGUAUAAAGAAAUGGUGCUAUAAGGAUAAACAAAGUUUAAAGUAAUAUUUACAACUUGCUCGCUGGGAAAAGACACAAGGGUAUUAGCUUUCAGGGAUGGGACAAGUAAUGCGCCGUCCAUGAUGCUGAAACCAUUACUUUUAACUUUUAGAUGCAGGGUCAAAGACCCCAGCACAUUUCUUUUGUAAGUGUCUUUAGAGUCACACGCAAGUAUAAUUUUGUACAUCACAAAAUAAAAAAGCAAUUAUUUAGGCUAUCUUUCAGCAUUUUAACGCUCUAUAAUUAGGACACCACCUUAAUGUUGUUUGUUGUGUAUUUAUUUUGUCAGUGUGAAAUCCUGCUAACUAGAAAUGCUAUAAUUUCAAUCUUACAUCAUUGUUUGGAUGAACCUUCCAAUUUUACAAAAGUCUGUUUUGUCAUUGAUGCCCUCCAUAAAACUUUGACUUAUAAGUGUGUUUGUACAACUCAGUGGGUGAAGUUAAGGAAUAUAAUUCUGUUCCCACUCUCCAUGUCAUUUUAACAGAUCCAAUUCAUAUUCAUUCCAUUACAUACCUUCGCAUUAUGAAUGUAUCUGUAUAAACAUGAUAUAUAUUUGCAUUUAAAGGUAGAAAAUUAUUCUAGAAACGCCAGCCUUGUUGUCAGAACAGGUAAUUCAUGAAAGAGACUCAUGGAAUCACGGCACAUGUGUUAAUUCACUAUAAAUUAAGUCACUAUAGAUGAGUAAGUCACUAUAAAUUACCAAAAAUCUGAGUAUAGCAGUGAAAUGUUAUACACGGUUAUGUAUGAUUAGAAAUUCUAUUUCCCUGUAAAAUGUAUGACUGUCAAUACGGAACAGUUAUGGAGUCCAUUUAAACAAUAGAUAGGCCACAUAA